AUGCUCAUUAGGUUGCUAGUGCUGCUCUACGAGGACUCUCAAGUCGCAGAGAGAAGAAAAAGAAAGGCUGGGACUAUUGCCGCAGAGCAGUCAGGACCAUAUGAGCGAGACAAGCCUCCACUGCCUCGACCGAAGUGGAGCACCUCGAGUUAUGAUCAGGAAAUACCUGCUCGAAAUCUACCAUUCUCAUCCUCUUCGUAUGGGGCUCCGUCGCAUCAAGGAAACCCGUCCUCGAGUCCUCUUAUCACUAGCGGCUACAGACAGCCCACGCACACAUCGUAUAACACUGGUGCAAGUCUCAUAACGAGAGUUAAUCCCGUGUUCCAUCGUGCUACGGAACCUCCGCGGCACACACAUAUUCCUGGGUUAACGUUGACCCAUGUUCCAUCUCUUUUCGCCUCCCCGCCCAUGGAAAGAGUCAAUUCAGGCAUUAGGCUGGAUUCAGGGGGCGGGAUAGAUCCACACAAGGGCCUACCAGUGCCCGGGGUAGCAUCGUCUAAGACCUCCACGACACAGGAUCAGCGCAGCUCUAGCCACCAAAAAGGCUCUUCCAGUCCCGAUUCUGCCACAAGAGAGCAGAAAGCCAAAGACGCUGACUCUCUACAGCCCAAUGCGAAACUAUCCGACGCCACAUAUACAAAGACGUGGACUCUGGACGCGAGUGAUGCUAAGAGUCUGCUUGUCCAAUUUUUGGAGCCUACGACUUUGCGAGAUGCAAUGGUCCUCUAUGGAUCGGGGCAGAAUGCACGCUGCGGAACUUGCAGUGACUACCUGCUCUUCUUGACCGGUGCGCCCAGUGUAGUCGUGGAUCCUUUUCUAGACAGCUUUGAAAGCGCACUCCGGUUACCGGUUUUGGCUGCAAAAGUGCGUCUGCAACCCUAUUCCAAUGCUUGGGCUCAGUGUACAUUCCGAAAAGAUCCAUAUGCCCGGAUGGGAAGCGACACGAUAGUCAUUUCAUUGCGAACCAACGCGCAAAGAGUCUGUUUAACAAUCGACAAGUUGCUUAUCGGUAUCGUAGCGGCUUUGAGGCAACCACCAGGUCUUUUUCUCGCCGUUUCGAACGCUGAAAUGCUCGAUGACAAGACGGAUACUCGGGUUCUGCCCACACCACUGCAAGACAUCUCAGUAGAUGGAUGCUGGGGACCUGUGUUCCCCAAAAAGAUAGUCGCUGUUGCCCCGGUGAAACAUCCUUUCGAGAUGAAAGGGUUGGAGCUCGACUUCAACCUGAUGACACAGCUCUGUGGUGUAGAUACACCUGUUUCACUCGAUGAUGGCAUUUGCCUAGCAGGUGUCUACACGAUUCUUACGCCUGUGCGAGCCGUGCAUGACAAGGGCACAGCAGGAUGCUUACAAUAG